AUGUCUGGAAAGGGAAAAGCCGCUACUGGAGGCCGUGGCAAGAAGACCGGCAAGAGCUCCACGCGCUCGGCCAAGGCUGGCCUGCAGUUCCCCGUCGGCCGUGUCGCCCGUUACCUGCGCAAGGGCCGCUACGCCCAGCGCACGGGCAGCGGCGCUCCCGUCUACAUGGCCGCCGUCCUCGAGUACCUCUGCGCUGAAAUCCUCGAGCUGGCCGGCAACGCCGCCCGCGACCACAAGAAGACGCGUAUCAUCCCCCGCCACAUUCAGAUGGCCGUCCGCAACGACGAGGAGCUGAACAAGCUGCUGGGUGACGUGACCAUCGCCUCGGGCGGUGUGAUGCCCAACAUCCACUCGGUGCUGCUGCCCAAGAAGUCGGCCUCGGCUGGCAAGAAGGGCAAGGCCUCGGCCUCGCAGGACUACUAA